AUGCCUGGUGGAAAGGGAAAGUCUUCUGGCGGAAAGAGCUCCGGCGGCAAGACAAGCGCUGCUGAGGGCACCAAGAAGCAGCAGAGCCACUCUGCUCGUGCUGGCCUUCAGUUCCCCUGCGGUCGUGUCAAGCGUUUCCUCAAGCAGAACACCCAGCAGAAGAUGCGUGUGGGAGCCAAGGCUGCCGUGUACGUUACAGCCGUUCUGGAGUACCUGACUGCCGAAGUCCUCGAGUUGGCAGGCAACGCUGCAAAGGAUCUCAAGGUGAAGCGUAUCACACCCCGCCACCUCCAGCUUGCCAUUCGUGGUGACGAAGAGCUCGACACUCUGAUCCGUGCAACAAUCGCCUACGGUGGUGUCUUGCCACACAUCAACCGCGCUCUGCUGCUCAAGGUCGAGCAGAAGAAGAAGGCCAAGGCACUUGAAGGCUAA